AUGCCGCCGAGACAAGCGAGCGCACUCCUGGUUGAGCCGGUGACGUGCGUGAUCUUCCUCCACGCUGGUCCUGGUAGUUGCGUGCUGCAUGCCGCUCUCUGGUCUCGCCUUCAUAUACCACCACUGUGCAGUGCAGAGGUGGCAAGGACCUGUAGUGCCUAUCCCAUCUACUCCUCUCUGCUUGCUGCGCAAGUUGCAGAAAUUGGGAGCUCACCUCAGGAUUACGCAUGCCUGCGGCGGCGGCACAUAUUGUGGUGGUGGCCAUGUUCAUGUUCAUCUAUUGGUACCACCACAAUGUCAGGCGUCGGCUCCACCCAGAUAUAUGCGGCCGGGGGCAUACGUGGCGGGAGUGCUGAUCAGGCGCCAUGGGCGCCCAUGGGCGGUCGUCUCGGAAAGGCAUGGCCAGUAGUUUCUACUAGUUUCACCACACUGGAGCUCGCCAAAGUGACCAGUGGAUUGACGAUGAUACACAAGGCGACGUACCAGCGGGACGCAGGACGUAGUACCAUCACGAGGCGUACAGAACAAAGCAUUUCGUCUGUCCUAUUCUGCAACAUCACCAGAUGA